AAGGAGGGCGGGAAGGAGGUCCCGGCCGCCGCUCCCGCCGGGAGCCAGGGCGACUACAUCUCCCUCCUUACCCCGGGCUUUCCGCCGGAGGGCGGGGAAGGGGCGGCGGCGGCAGCAGGGCCGAUGGCGGGCGGCGGCGGCAGCCGGCGCGGGCGGGAGCAGCUGGAGCUGGAGCGGCUGGGCCCGGCGGCUCGGGCCGCCUCCUCCUGCCCGCCGUCGCCGCCGCUCUCCGCCUGCUCGCGGCAGGCCUGGAGCCGGGACAACCCGGGCUUCGAGCCCGAGGAGGACGCGGCGGCGGCGGCAGCGGCGGGGCCGGUGCUGGAGAUGGACGUGGAGUGGGGCAGCCGAGCCGCGUCCUCGGCGGGCAGCGGCGCGGCGGGCGCGGCGGGCGGCGGGCGGCGGGCGCGGCGGGGCCCCGCGGGGCGCGGCGGGGCCGAGGGGCCGGCCCGGCUGCCGGGGCCGCCCGACGGAGCCGCGCCCCGCAGGGCGGCCUGGGCCAAGCGCCUGGCGCGGAGACUGCGAGGUCUGUGGGGGACAAGGCUCAUGGAAGAGAGCAACACCAGCAGAGAGAGGUACCUGAGGAGUGUUUUACGGGAGCUGAUCACCUACCUGGUUUUCCUGGUGGUCCUGUGUGUCUUGACUUACGGGACAGUGAGUUCCAGUAUGUACUAUUACACAAGGGUCAUGUCACAGCUCUUCCUGGAAACACCCGUGUCAAAAACAGAGAGAACCGACUUCAAAACCUUGUCCACAAUGGAUGACUUCUGGAAGUUCACAGAAGGCCCUUUGCUGGAUGGUCUGUACUGGGAGAUGUGGUACAACAACAAAACCGUGGCAGAAAACAAAAGCUUCAUUUACUACGAGAACCUGCUGCUGGGGGUGCCCCGCAUUCGGCAGCUUAAAGUCAGGAAUGGCUCGUGCUCCAUCCCUGAGGAUUUAAGGGAUGAAAUCAAGGAUUGCUAUGAUGUUUAUUCUGUAGCUAAUGAGGAUACUGCUCCUUUUGGCCUCCGGAAUGGAACUGCCUGGACCUACACCAGUGAGAAGGAUUUGAAUGGGAGCAGCCACUGGGGCUUGAUUGCCACCUACAGUGGGGCUGGUUAUUACCAAGACCUCUCGAGGACCAGGGAGGUGACAGCUCUGCAGAUUGCCAGCCUGAAGAGGAACCUGUGGCUGGACAGAGGGACCAGAGCAGCCUUCAUUGAUUUCUCUGUCUACAAUGCCAACAUCAACCUCUUCUGCGUGGUCAGGUUGCUAGUGGAGUUUCCAGCCACUGGAGGCCUGAUUACAUCUUGGCAGUUUCAGCCUGUGAGGCUGAUUCACUACAUCUCCACUUUUGAUUUUUUCCUGGCAGCCUGUGAAAUGUCCUUCUGUCUUUUUGUUCUGUAUUACAUGGUGGAAGAAGUCUUAGAAAUUCGCAUUCAUAGACUGCACUACUUCAGAAGUCUUUGGAAUUGCCUUGAUGUCCUUAUCAUUGUGCUGUCUGUGGUAGCUAUAGGAAUUAGCAUCUACAGGACAUCAACUGUUGAUAUGCUCCUGAAGAAGCUGCUGGAAGAUCAGAACUCAUUUCCCAAUUUUGAACCCUUGGCAUAUUGGCAAAUGCAGUUCAACAACAUUGCUGCAGUCACUGUGUUUUUUGUCUGGAUUAAGCUUUUCAAAUUUGUCAACUUCAACAGAACCAUGAGCCAGUUAUCCACCACGAUGUCUCGCUGUGUCAAAGAUGUCAUUGGCUUUGCCAUCAUGUUCUUUAUUAUUUUCCUAGCAUAUGCUCAGUUGGCCUAUCUUGUCUUUGGCACCCAAAUCGAUGACUUCAGCACUUUCCAGGACUGCAUAUUUACUCAAUUCCGCAUCAUUUUGGGAGACUUCAACUUCACAGAGGUUGAAGAAGCUAAUCGAAUUUUGGGACCAAUUUAUUUCACUACAUUUGUGUUCUUUAUGUUCUUCAUUCUUUUGAACAUGUUUUUGGCCAUUAUCAAUGAUACCUACUCUGAAGUCAAAUCAGAUAUGGCACAGCAGAAGGCAGAAAUGGAAUUGUCUGACCUUAUCAGGAAGGGCUACAACAAAGCCAUGAUCAAACUUAAGCUGAAGAAAACGACUGUUGACGACAUUUCAGAAAGUCUGAGACAAGGCGGAGGAAAACUCAAUUUUGAUGAACUCCGGCAGGAUCUCAAAGGGAAGGGGCACACAGAUGCAGAGAUUGAAGCAAUAUUUACCAAAUAUGAUCAGGAUGGGGACCAGGAAUUGACAGAGCACGAGCAUCAGCAGAUGAGGGAUGACCUGGAGAAAGAGAGGGAGGAUCUGGACCUGGAUAGGAGCUCUCUGCCACGUCCUCUGAGCAGCCGCAGCUUCCCCCGGAGCUUGGAUGACUCCGAGGAGGAUGAGGAUGAGGACAGUGGACACAGCUCCAGGAGGAGGGGCAGCAGCUCUAGUGGGGUUUCCUAUGAAGAGUUCCAAGUGCUCAUGAGGCGGGUGGAUCGCAUGGAGCAUUCCAUCGGCAGCAUCGUCUCCAAGAUCGACGCCGUGAUCGUGAAGCUGGAAGCCAUGGAGAGGGCCAAGCUGAAAAGGAGAGAUGUGCUGGGAAGGCUUUUAGAUGGAGUGACAGAGGACGAGAGGCUGGGCCGGGAGAGCGAGGCGCACCGGGAGCAGAUGGAGCGGCUGGUGCGGGAGGAGCUGGAGCGCUGGGAGUCGGACGACGCCGCCUCGCAGCUCAGCCACCGCCCGGGGACACCCCUGGGGCUCCACGGACAGCCCCGGCCCAGGGGCUCCCGGCCGCCCUCCUCCCAGUCCGACGGCGUGGAUGGAGCAGCAGGGAAUGGAGGGAGCAACAUCCAUGUGUAGCUCGAGCUCCGUGGGCCACCCCAAAAUGGUUCAGGUUGGUACUCGAGUCCCGGUGUCGCUCCCCAGCGUGAGCGGGUUGUUCUGAUCAAGCCACUGAUGACAUUUUCACUGGUGGGGAAAAGUAAAUGUUUGGUCCAUAAAUCGUUUUCAAGCCAUGUGUGAUGCCAGCAGUGAGAGCGUCACCCUCAGCAUCACAAAUGUAGGAAGCUGAGUGGGUGUCAUGUGGGACAAAAUCUGCCAGGACAGAAAUCAAAUUCCAUAAAAAAAAUUGUUGGGAACACUUGCAAGAGGGCAGCAAGCUUCAAACAAAGUGCAGUGGCUGGCACACUGAAAGGCUUUUGAUUUUCUGCUUCCUCUUGGAAAGUACAAUUUUUAAAAAAUUUAAAAAAAAUUUUUUAAAGGAAAUUUUACAAUAAUGUGCGGUCAGUUUGUCUUAUUCGUUAUAACAGCUGACAGAUAAAACAGCACUUUUUCCUAAAUACAGGUUUCUCAUCUUUCCGAGUUAUUCUUGGUACACUAAUAUUUUACUUAAUUUAAAAUAGACUUUUUUUCCUGUUUUGAGAGGUACGUUUCUUUAAGCAGAAGAAAGUGCACUUAGUUUGUACAACUGUAAAUCACAUAAUUCUGUGGUAGAAACUGAAUGCAUUAUAGUUAGCACUUUGGAAAAAAUGUUUGGGAACUGCCUCUUCAUGCCCAACUAACAAUAAUUUUCAGGUAUGUUGCAAAGUGCCCAUUUUUUAAUGCUAUAUUUUAAUGGUUUAAGUGGGAUAAACAUUCCAGAGGGUCUUGGAUAAAUACAGCUACUUUGCACAAAAUACAUUAUUUCAAAGCACACAGAAUUGAAAAACACUAAGUUUUCCUUGGGUGUGACAGGGAAAGGGGCAGAGAAGUUUCUGCAAGUUGGGAAAAUCUGAUGUUGUGCCGUGUGAAAUUGUAAUCACAACUGUGUGGUCUGUAUUUACAUUUAACUGAACUGCUUGUAAAAUUAUUAGGUACAUCUCUACAUAGACAUCUCUGCUGAGGUGCAACACAGGAUUCCUUUGGGAAGGAGUUUGUUGUAUAAUCAUGGAUUUUUAGUGUUUAAUUCCCUCUGCUUUGUGUCACAGAAGGUUUAUUUUUGAAAGGACGUGCCACAUUGAAGUUCUGUUGGUUUCCUGCAGAGAGCACUGAGGCAGUGGUUGGAAUUUUGCCUAGCAAUAUUUUUUCCACAUGAGAAAUGCUGGUUUAGGAGGGAGGCUGUCAAUUGUGCUUUUUUCCUGAAGGUGGCAGCUCUGGUGCUUAAAGACUGAGAGCUGAUGAAAAAGAAAGUGGAAAGCUACAUCAUCCAAGCAGUUGUUAUUUCUUCAUUCUUCUGGGAGUGCUGCUUAGGCAAAGCUUCCAUGUUCCAAAUAUUCUUGCAAUGGCAUUGCUUGGAUGAGCAGUGGCUCAGGAGGCUUUUCCUCUAACCAGGGAACUUGCUAAAACUAAAUAGAAUUCACUCCUUUCCAUUUCUAAUUUUAUGAGAGACCAUACGCACAAGAAACCUAAAUAAUGGGAGGUGGAAGAGGAGGAAAUUCAGUGUGGGAAUAGUGGCUGUGUCUUGGGAAGAGAAUCCUGUAGGAGAGCAGGCUGUGGUUCUUGUGUGGGUUAUUUUGUCCUGUUUUGGAAAGAAAUUCAUACCUUUUCACAAGAGUCCUCCUGAACUUGCCAAAACAGAGCCCAGCACAGUGGGUAGGGCAUUUGUGUGGGAUGAGGGCAUUCAGAUUAAACUCUCUCUUGCCUUUAUUGAAGGGUUUUACACCUCAGAAACCUUUCUGAGGAAAGCUUUUCAGUGUUAAACUGCAUUUCUGACUGUAAACAAACAGACCAAAAAGAAACACCAGCUGUCCACGUGGCCAGCUGGCGUGCAAGGACAAUAGAAAAUACGAUACCAAAGCAAUUUAAAUAUACAGAGCCUCGUCUUUAUAUUCAUAUCCAAAAUGUGUCUUUCAAAAUGUAAAUUCAGUCCCUCAGUUCACCUUUCAUUUGUACAUAUAUGUUUAUUAUGGCCAUGUUUGCAUUAACAGCUGUGUUUUUGGGGUGUAUUUCUGUAACGUGUCGUUACUUGAUAACAAACUUCAUCUUGAAGUGCAAUAAAUUUCCAUGGGGUAGCCCUAUGUGCUGGCAGUGGGCCUUGCAGUAAGUGCAUUGCCACUUGACAAAUGUUACAAACAUUUUACUGAUGCAUUUUUUUCAGUUUUAGGUUAUAGUAUCAUUUGUCAUUUAUUACAAAGGUGCAGUGUUUUGCGUAGUAAUGUACAGUGUUUGGUCUUAUUAGGAAGCUGUUAAUUAUGCAAGUCUUCUACAAUGAUCAAGAAUGUGUUGAUCUGUAAAACUGAGCACUUUACUUCCUAAUAAACAUUUUAUGUAAUCUACAAAGCAAACUUUUGUGUCUACACUUGGUUUAUUUGUAAUAGAACACGAAGAA